UUUAGCCCUUUUAUCCAAACAAGCUUGGAGAGCGAUCAUCAAUCCAAAGACUCUAUGGGUGAGAAUCCAUAAGGGUAUAUACUAUCCAUAUUCAGAUUUUCUCAAUGCACUAGUUCACAGAAGGGCUUCUUGGGAUUGGAAUUGUUUAAUGAAAGGACAAAAAGUGUUAGAUAUGGGAUUAAGAUGGAAUAUAACAGGUCCCUCUUUCUUGAAUGUGUGGGAGGAUCCUUGGAUUCCAACUAUGUCAGCUUUUAAAUUAUCAAGCUAGAGACCACCAGACAGCCCUAUUGUCUAUAUCUCGGAUAUUAUCAAUGCCAACACCAAUCAAUGGAUUCAACCUCUUUUGUACGCAUAUUUCAGUCCUUUUGAAUGUGCUUAAAUCCUCAAAAUUCCUUUAGGACAGAUGCAGAAAGAAGCUGAGCUAGUUUGGCAUUUCAACUCUUCUGGUAUAUUCUCUGUGAAAUCAACUUAUUAUCUGCUGAAACAAGACCAACUAAGGGAGAAAUCAUCAAGAAAUCCCUCUCAAUUUGUGACACAUUCAGAUGUAGUAUGGAAAAGCACUUGGAAGCUUGAAGUGCCUCCUAAAGUCCGUAAUUUUCUUUGGAGAGCAGCUAAUAAUUCUUUGGCCACCAAGGUGGUGGGCUCUCUUUUGAAUGGUUGUGCUUUUGUGGGCUUGUGCUUAUCACCGAUAGUUGCUGGAGGUUGGUCUCUUCGUCAAGCGUUGUGUUUUGUUGCCGUAGAAACCUUUCCCGCAUGGUUAUUAAAUCAGAUUCAAAGCAGAUUGCAUACAUUUUUUCCAAUCCAUCUGUACUGUCCUUGGGAUCUUCAUGCUUUUAGCCUGGAUGUUAUAUCUCUCCUUGAAGUUGUUCCAUGUGUUUCUAUAAUCUUUACACCCAGAGAUGCAAACAAGUGUGCAGACUGGGUUGCUAAGAGAGCUAGAAGUAGAAAUUUUCUAACCCUCCUAAUCAGUUGGCUAAGUUGUUGUGUAAAGAUGUUCUUUCUUUUAACUCUUAAUAUAAUAUCUAUUUGAAAAAAGAAAGAGAUGAAUUUUAUACAUUAAUCUACCAUACAUAGAGAAUGAGAAAUAAAGUUUAACCUUACCAUAGAAAUUGGUCCAAAGCUCACUGGCCCACGAGUAGACGAGGGAUGAGACCAUGACUCUCUUGCAUCGACUAGAAGAUGCUUUUGUAACCAUUCCUAACAAGAAGGCCUCAUACAUUUCAUCUCCAGACUAUGAUAGGAAAGGAUGAUGGCUAGAGUCCCUACAACAGUUGUACUUUCUAAGGGUCAGG